AUGUACCCAACAACCAUAAUUUUAUCCUCAUCUCUCAUUCUAGUAAUUACAAUCCUCAUCUACCCCCUACUAACCACCCUCAACCCCAACACCCAAGACCCAAAAUGGGCAGCCACACAUGUCAAAACGGCUGUAAGCAGUGCAUUCCUAGUUAGUCUACUACCACUAACAAUUUUUUUAGACCAGGGAGUCGAAAGCAUUGUGACAAACUGACAUUGAAUAAACACGGCCACAUUUGACAUCAACGUUAGCUUCAAGUUCGACCAUUACUCACUCAUUUUUACCCCCAUCGCACUAUACGUCACCUGAUCCAUCCUAGAGUUCGCCCUAUGAUAUAUACACUCCGAUCUUACUAUAAACCGAUUCUUUAAAUACUUACUCCUGUUCUUAGUUGCCAUGAUUAUCCUAGUCACAGCCAAUAACAUAUUUCAACUUUUUAUUGGCUGAGAAGGAGUUGGAAUCAUGUCAUUUUUACUAAUUGGGUGAUGAUACGGACGAGCAGAUGCUAAUACGGCAGCUCUGCAGGCCGUCUUGUACAACCGGGUAGGCGACAUCGGAUUAAUCAUAAGCAUGGCCUGACUAGCAAUGAACCUAAACUCAUGAGAAAUUCAACAAAUCUUCUUCCUGUCAAAGGACUUCGACAUAACGCUUCCCCUAGUUGGACUUAUCCUUGCGGCCACUGGGAAAUCGGCCCAAUUUGGCCUCCACCCCUGACUUCCCUCCGCCAUGGAGGGCCCUACACCAGUCUCUGCCCUACUUCACUCCAGCACUAUAGUUGUUGCUGGCAUUUUCCUAUUGAUCCGACUUCACCCCUUAAUAGAGAAUAAUGAACUAGCACUAACUAUCUGUCUAUGCCUAGGAGCACUAACCACGCUAUUCACAGCCACUUGUGCCUUAACCCAAAAUGAUAUCAAGAAAAUUGUAGCUUUCUCCACAUCCAGUCAACUAGGGCUCAUAAUAGUCACAAUUGGACUCAACCAGCCCCAACUAGCCUUCCUUCACAUUUGCACGCACGCCUUCUUCAAAGCUAUACUAUUCCUGUGUUCAGGCUCAAUUAUUCAUAGCCUAAAUGACGAACAAGACAUCCGGAAAAUAGGGGGCCUUCACAACCUAAUACCCCUAACCUCAUCCUGCCUCACCAUUGGCAGCCUAGCCCUCACAGGGACCCCCUUCCUAGCGGGCUUUUUCUCAAAAGAUGCUAUCAUUGAAGCCCUCAACACCUCACACCUAAACGCCUGGGCCCUGAUUAUUACACUAGUCGCCACGUCCUUCACCGCAGUCUACAGCUUCCGGGUAGUGUUCUUUGUUACCAUAGGAUCCCCCCGAUUCCUACCCGCGUCCCCCAUUAAUGAGAACAACCCACAGGUAAUUAACCCCAUCAAACGCCUUGCCUGGGGAAGUAUCAUUGCGGGCUUCAUUAUCACAUUAAAUUUUUUACCAUCAAAAACCCAAGUUAUAACCAUGGCCAUACCCCUAAAAAUGGCCGCCCUUGCAGUAACAAUUACACGCCUACAAUUCCACUCCACCACUUCUCAAACAUGCUCGGAUACUUCCCCGCAACAAUUUGGACUCCUGGCCCUAGAACUAACUGCUCUAACAAAUAAACAGUUUAAAGCUCACCGACUCGCCCCAAAACUCAAUUUGCUGCUAGGACAAACAAUCGCCACCCAACUCGUAGACCAGACAUGGUUUGAAGCCACAGGGCCCAAAGGCCUCGCAUCCGCCCAAGUAAAGAUGGCUAAAAGCAUCAGUGAUACUCAGCGAGGAAUAAUCAAAACCUACCUCACAAUUUUUUCCUGACCACAACACUUGCAGUCCUCUAAGCCUCUAU